GUAAAGAGUACGGCAGUGGGACAUGUAUUUUAGCGACUUUAUAAAUCAAAAUGUAAAACUAUGGCAGCAGGAACCAUGCAAGCAGGUUUUUAUGUGGCCGAAUGUUAUUCAGAUGGAUUAAAAUGAGUGUGGAGUAUAAAGUACCUGUGUAAAAUGUGCUGAAUUAUUCUAUUUAAAAAAAAAUAGAAAGGAAUACCAAAAAAACAACAUGAAGCUGUACAAAAGUGGGAAACAAUGCAGUUUAAUAACUUUAAUAUGUUGGAUCGGUUAUGUACUUGGAUCAUGCAGUACCGAUUCGCAGAAAUUAACAUACAGCCUAGAUGAAGAGCAAGAUCCAUUGACUAGAGUUGCAAGUAUUUCUAAUGACUUAAGUCAAGAAUAUGGUCCACCAUAUCGUGAAAAUUUCUUCCUGGAAUCGGAUAUAAAAGAAAAAUUUGAUAUUAAUUAUUCUACAGGGGUAAUAAAAACAAAAGUAGCGCUUGACAGGGAAGAACAAAGUACAUACAUGUUCUAUAUUGAAAAAAAUUUAGGAGAAAUUAUUAAGAUUUGUAUCACAAUAAAUGUUUUGGACAUUAAUGAUAUAGCUCCACACUUUGAAAGUGAUUAUAUUUUACUCAACAUAACAGAAGGAAGACCGGAUCCUCCUCAAAAGUUGAUAAUCGGGAGUGCUACUGAUGAAGAUGUUGGAAACAAUACCAUUGCAGGGUUUAGGCUUGCCACUGGAAAUGUGGAUUAUGCCUUUAAUGUAACUGGAAAUUACACAGCCAACUCCUCCAACAAGUUCCAACUAACACUUGUUGUAAAUGGGACCCUUGAUUAUGAAACUACUCAGUUUUACACACUAUACAUUGAAGUUUUUGAUGGAGGAAGUCCAAGAAAAACAUCAACUAUGCAGGUCGGAAUAAGGAUCUUGGAUGCCAAUGAUAACAGUCCGAUAUUUAAUCAAAGUAAAUACUCAACACUAGUUUCUGAAGAUACAGCUAUUGGAACAAGUAUUUUAGAAGUACAUGCCACUGACUUGGACUCCGGAGAGAAUGGAAGGGUAUCGUAUUCUAUUGACAAAAACACAAGCGUUGAUGACUGUGUUGAUGUUGAUUCAGAAACAGGUGUGGUUACAUUAAAGAAAAUGCUGGAUUAUGAAACAAAGAAAAGUUACAACAUAUUUGUAAUUGCUCGAGAUCAUGGAUACCCUUUAAAUCAUGGACUAGCUGUCAUUGAGGUUGAAGUAGAAAAUGUGAAUGAAUUACCUGCAAACAUAGACAUAAAGUAUAACAAUGAUGAACCGAGAAUACUAGAAAAUGCCACCAUUGGAUCAUUUGUUGCAAGAGUCUCAGUCAGCGAUCCCGAAUCACCAGAAACAGGAAAUAAUCAAAUCAGUGUCAAUCUUCACGGGGCCAAUGGAAUGUUCAAACUUGCGAAUACCAGUACUGAAACAUUCAUGAUUGUAGUUGCUCAGAGGUUAGAUAGAGAAACGAAGUCUUCAUACAACCUGACCCUGACUGCAGCAGAUACUGGUACCCCUCCCCUCUCAGCCACAGAGUCCUUUGUUCUGCAGAUAGAUGAUGUCAAUGACAAUCCUCCAAAUUUCUUGAAACAAGUGUAUGAAGCAUAUGUUGAUGAAAUGUCUGAUGCUGGCAGCUCAGUGAUAACAAUAACUGCAGUUGAUACAGACAUUGGAGUUAAUGCUGAUGUCUCGUACCACAUACAGGCUGGUGGAAACGCAGACUGGUUUCAGGUUGACACCACAACUGGAUUGAUCACAACACGGGGCCAGGUGGACUGUGAGGUGGACUCUCGUCCUUCAUUCUGGCUCGUGGCCACCGACCAUGGCAACCCCGCCCUCUCCUCCAGCACUGAGGUGAUUGUUGCAGUACGAGACGUCAACGACAAGGAGCCAACAUUCGACCAGAGUCUGUAUGCAGCAUCUAUUCAUGAAAAUGAAACCAUUAACAGCUGCAUUUUACAGGUAAACGCUACAGACCCUGACUGCGGUGUGAACGGCCAGAUCCACUACAGCCUAGCCGGCCUAUCAAGCUUUUUCACGAUUGAGGAGUUCACGGGACGAAUCUGCAUCAGCCAACAGCUUGAUUUUGAGAGCCACGAGCUGUUUGAGUUCUCUGUGAUAGCAACAGACAGUGGAGGCUUUUCCACCACAGCCAAUGUACAGAUGAACAUAUUGGAUGUCAAUGACAAUGUUCCGGAGUUUUACCCACGGAACUAUAGCAAGAACAUACAGGACAGUACGCAACCAGGGUCAGAGGUUAUCACGGUUCAAGCCACAGAUCCAGACUCUGGGACGUACGGACAUAUUCUGUACUCAAUUUUCUCUGGGAACGGUGAAAACAGAUUCACAAUCGAUGCUAAAACUGGCACGAUAUCAGUCCACCAGAGCCUGCCAUCCACGGAGCAGUUGUAUCGCCUGGUGGUAGAUGCACGUGACGGUGGAGGCCUAGGCUCUGCACAGCGAGCGCAGGUCUACAUCAGCGUAACUGGGCAAGGCUACAACCCUCCAGUCUUUUUAGAGUCCAUGUACAGGUUCCAGAUUGCCGAGGAUGUCGGGGAAAACUUCGAAAUUGGAACUGUCGUAGCCACGUAUGCAGGCAGCUCCAAGGGAAUCUCCUACUCAAUAUCGUCAGGUGACCGGUACUCGUUCUUCAAGAUACAGGCAUCCACAGGUGUUAUCAGCACCGUCAAGGAACUGGACCACGACGAGUUUCCCUCCUUCCUCCUCUCUGUUCAAGCAGAAACAGGCAGCACUCACCUGUUUGGUACAACACAGGUAAAUAUCACAGUUCUCGAUGUAAAUGACAAUGCACCACAGUUUAUCAGCAGUCAGGUGACCACAUCUGUCUCUGAGGCAACCAGCUCCAUGGUUACCAUUUACUCCGCCCAUGCCACGGACAAGGACAGUCGGGAGAGUGGGAAUGGGGAGGUACGCUACAGACUGCAGGAGGCUAGAAACCUUUUCGAGAUAGAUGCCAUGAGUGGGGACAUCCACCUGGCCAUUGGUGCCAGUCUGGACUAUGAGACUGUACGGCAGCACAGCGUGGUGAUAGUGGCUUUUGACCAGGCCAAGACUGCCAAGCUCAGCUCCAGCAUGACUCUCAUUGUCAACGUCCAGGAUGCUAAUGAUAACCCACCAGUUUUUGAAAGGGGACAUUUUGUGUUUCACGUUCUAGAGAAUGAGUCUGUGAAUAAAAAAGUGUACAAGAUCAAUGCAACAGACAAGGACAGUGGUGAAAAUGGCAGAAUAUCUUUCAGUUUAGUGAACUCUGAUGGUCUAGACAAGUUUGGAAUAUUUCCAUCUGAUGGAUUUAUGUACCUUAAGCAGACAGUUGACCGUGAAGAACGGUCAGAGUACACUUUUACUGUCGUGGCUCGGGAUCACGGCCAGCCAAGCAAAUCAGCUUCUGCCCAGGUAACUGUGUAUAUAGAAGAUUUCAAUGAUAAUGUGCCUGAAUUCACCCAAGAAGAAUAUAGGUUCUUUGUUGAAGAAAACCUUGCUUCAGGGAAAGUUGUAGGACAUGUGAUGGCACAUGAUGCUGAUUCCCUUCAGAACUCCCAGCUACAGUAUGACUUCACCAAGGUACAGAAUGAUUUCCAGAUCUCAUCUCAGGGAGUUAUAUCCACUACACGUGCACUGGAUCGGGAAACCAAGCAGUCCUAUGACCUUGAAGUAGUGGUGCGCGACUCUGGUACUCCUGUAAGAUACUCUAAGGUGGGAGUAUAUAUCAGUGUGACUGAUGUAAAUGACCAUGCCCCGGAAAUCACCAACUCACCAUUGAAGGCCUACAUAGAUGAGAACCAGUCGAAAGGGGAGAGGGUUGUGAAAAUCCGGGCUGAGGAUCGCGACGCCGGAAACAAUGGCACCAUCUCCUUCUCUCUCGACACAAUCAAUGAUCCCCUGUUCAAAGAUGCACUCAAUUUCUUUGAGAUUCACCCUGAAUCUGGGUGGAUAACAACAAAGGAAGUCCUGGAUUACGAGGUCAAAAACUUGUACAAGUUCAAGGUCAUUGCCACAGACUCUGGGGUCCCUACACAGUCCACAAGUCGUGACUUUGAGAUACUGGUGAAUGACUUCAAUGAUGGUGCCCCUGUAUUUCCUGAUAAUGUAAACAUUACUUUCUAUGUUGUGGAGAAUACUCCAAUAGGAACUUUUGUCGGAAAAGUUCUAGCUUAUGAUUCUGAUGCUGGGGAAUAUGGACAAAUUUCAUACUAUAUUACUGCUGGGAACAUAUUUGGAUUAUUUUCGGUGUCAAAAGACAAUGGAUCUAUUUACACAAUCAGGGAAAUUGAUUUCGAAAAGACAUCAUCUCAGACAGUUGGAAUAACAGCUGUGGACAAUAGUGUAUACCAGAAGAGUAGUGUAAUUACCAUCAAAAUCAACAUAGUUGAUACAAAUGACAAUUCACCAGUUUUUGAGCAUGACCCAGUUUUCCUGGUGUUGCGUGAAAACACUCCAAUCAACACAGUUAUACACACGUUCACAGCCACAGAUGCAGACUCUGGUGUAAACGGCACAGUUCGCUAUGAGAUUGUGAAUGAGAACAGCCGUCACCUACAGAUCAACCCAUACACUGGAAAACUGAGUGUGAACAGAACUAUAGACUAUGAGCAGAUGAAGGACAUUUCCCUGAUCAUUCGGGCCACCGACCAGGCUCCUACCCCAGCAAGCCAGCGGUACACAACUCUGACUGUCCGGAUACAGGUGUUGGAUGAGAAUGACAACGCUCCGAUGUUCCAGUCUUACUCCAUGCUGCAAGUCCACGAGGAUGAACCAGUCGGCUACCAGCUCGUGUCCAUCAUCGCCACUGAUGCAGACGGCAACUACAACAAUAGUGGCAACAACCUCGUCACCUUCUCCAUUCUCAGUGGCAAUUCUCAAAAUGCAUUCAACAUUGACCAGCACACAGGUGUGUUAAGUGUUGCUUCACCUCUAGACCGUGAGACGGUGAGUACGUACGCCUUAGAAGUUGAGGCAUCUGAUCAUGGCCAUCCGCGUCAGGCAACUGUGUUUACUCUGACCAUACAGGUACUUGAUGUGAAUGAUAAUCCCCCAAACUUCCUCAAGACCACCUACGAGGCAAGCGUAGAGGAAAACAGCAUUGCUGGCAAGCUCAUUGUCAAAGUCUCUGCCACGGACGCUGACACAGGCAUAAAUGGUCAGCUUAUGUACAUGAUAUCAGAGGGCAUUGCAGAUGACUACUUUGACAUUGACAGAGUCACUGGUCUUAUUACCUUAGCAACUGAUAAAAUUGAUAGAGAAACGAAGAGUUCAUACACAUUCACAGUGUACGUGCAAGAUGCUGGUUCCCCACGUCUUUUUGACAUGGCAACCGUGGUUGUGAAUGUUACUGACGUCAAUGACAAUAUGCCUGUGUUUCGCGUGAAAGAGCACUUCCUGCAGAUUCCAGAAAACCUCGUACAGGACAACAUCUACCUCAUUGUUGCACAGGAUGCAGACAUCGGGGACAACGCUCGUGUCAGAUACAGCAUCACAGGGGGAAAUAUUGGCAACAAGUUUGUGAUUGACUCGGACACAGGUGAGUUGUCCCUUCAAGGAGCCCUGGAUCGGGAACUUGUCCGUGAUUACACGCUCAAUGUCAAGGCGAGUGAUGGGUAUGGACAGGACACGUGUGAAAUGUUCAUCAGAGUUCAGGACCAGAAUGACAAUGACCCGAUCUUCCAGAAGACUCCUUAUGAAAAGGUGCUGGCAGAGAAUGUUCCUGUAGGAACCACUGUAGUCGUUGUGACAGCAGCAGACCCGGAUGAGGGAGCCAAUGGGAAUGUCACAUACUCACUCAACAACGAGUCCGAGGACGCCAGUGUGUUUGACAUUAACCCAGUGACUGGCGUCAUUGUCACUAAAGGGACUUUUGACAGGGAAAAGAAAGCACAGUAUUCAUUUGAAGUGGUAGCCAGUGAUGCUGGUAUAUAUGACCGGCGGUCAGAGAAGGUUCGCGUGGAGGUGCAGUUCAGUGACAUCAACGAUAAUGCCCCGGUCUUCAAGGAGCUGCCGUACACCAUUGAUGUCACCCAGGGAACAAAUGCCAACACUGUCAUUCUCACCAUGAUUGCCGAGGACAAGGAUGCCGGCAAAAAUGGAGAGGUCACAUACCGCCUGCUCACCAACACAAACUUCUUCGUUAUUGAUGGAAGGACCGGGGAGAUUCGCACCGCUCAACGGCUUAGUGUCGAGGCUCUUGGCUACCACAACCUAAAAGUUAUUGCCACUGAUGGAGGUGACACUCCACAAAGUGCAACAGGUGUUGUUGAGGUAAGUGUGGGGAGUGUGAACAGCCAGCUGCAGUUUACCCAGACCAACUACACUGGCAGUGUACAAGAACACAGCCCCAAGGGAACUUCUGUCAUCUCUGUUACCCUUUCAACCACACCCGCCAUACCAACAAUAUUCAGCUUUGCAACAGGCAAUAACAACAAUGCCUUCAGCAUUGACAACCAAGGCCGUAUAAAGGUGAACAAUCCCGCAGCUAUAGACUAUGAGGAGAGUGAAUCAAUGCGGCUGAUAGUGGCGGCCAUGUCAGGGGAAGUCUAUGCAUACACGACAGUGUGGGUGAACCUGGAGGAUGUGAACGACAAUGCCCCACUUUUCUCUCAGAACAGAUACGUGACCAAGUUCUAUGAAGAGCAGAAGGAGCCUGACACCUUUGUCAUGCAGGUGAUGGCCACAGAUGCUGACAGUGAUGGCCCAAACUCUGACAUUGUAUACAAUAUAGUGGGUAUCUACAGUAAUCGUGGAGAGAGUGUAGAUGGCGUGUUCGUGAUUGACCCACCAAAAACAGGCAUCAUCAAAACCAACGUAAUUGUGGACUACGAGGUGAUCCCUUCAUACAAGCUGAUUAUUGAAGCAAAGGAUAAUGGGAUAGAUGGCUCCAAGUCUAGCAGCUGCACUGUGCGCAUAAACAUCAUCGACAUCAAUGACAACCCGCCGAAGUUCCCUAACACAUCACCUGUUGAGAUCAGUGAAAAUGCAGACAUUGGCACAUCUGUUGCCAUGGUAACAGCAAACGAUGUGGACACAAGCCCAGCCGUGGUGUACAACUUCAGUAAUCAAGGCAACCCAGACGGCAUGUUCUCCCUAGAUCGCUACAGUGGCAUCAUCCGGUUGGCCCGCAACCUUGAUUAUGAGACGCGCAGACGCUAUAUUGUGGGUCUGCAGGCGACUGACGGGAACCAUACAGUCCAGACCACGCAGGAAGUAUUAGUCCUGGAUGAGAAUGACCACGCCCCACAGUUUGUUCAGCAGAGCUAUAAGGUGACAUUGCAAGAGACAGAGAAGUCGGCGAUGUUUGUGGUGAGAGUUAACGCCACCGAUGCUGACAGUGGACAGAACGCGGUUAUCACCUACAGUCUUGCCACAGACAGCAACCUCUUUUACAUCAACCGCACAUCAGGGAUGAUUUACACAAAUGGAGCCAUCCAAUAUGAUCCUGAAGAUGAGAUAGUUCAGCUUGUUGUCAUGGCAACAGAUGGUGGUUCCCCUCAUCUGUCUGCAGUAGCGGCCGUCUAUGUGCAGGUCACCAGCGUGAACAAGUUCGAGCCAAAGUUUAAUGAACUAAGAUACUCGACAACCAUCAAUGAAGAUGUGGGGGUAGGGUACGCUCUCCUGCAUACCAGAGCCCAAGACAAUGACACACACGGGCACAACAAAGAUAUUGACUACUUCAUCUUGGCUGGCAACACUGACAACACCUUCAUCAUCGACCAAAAGAAUGGCAGCAUCAUCCUAAACAGCCCGCUUGACCGGGAGACAGUGGAUCAGUACCAUCUUGUCAUUAUGGCCAAGGAUCGCGGAAAUCCACCAAAGAAUUCCACCACAAUAGCUGACAUUAUAGUGCAGGAUGUCAAUGACAUGGUACCAUACUUUGAGUACAGUGAAUAUUUUGUGGAGCUAAAUGAAUCCUUUCCCAGUGACACAAAGUUCCUAAGCAUCAAAACAUUUGACGAUGAUGAGGGUGACCAUGCUAAGGUUUAUUACACAAUUACAUCUGGGAAUGAAGAUGGGCUGUUUAUAUUCAACCCUAGUACAGGGGACUUGUAUAUCACUCCCAAUCUUCACUUGGACUAUGAACGCCAAUCCUAUCACAUAUUGGUUGUGAAAAUUACCGACUGUAAUGGUUGUGGAUCAGGUGUUCCAGUGUUCAGUAAUAUAACAUUGGUGCAUGUGAAUGUGACAGAUGUGAACGAGUACAGCCCCACCUUCCCGGUAAUGAUCUACUAUGAGGGUGUCAGUGAGAACAUGCAGGCUGGCUCAGUUGUGUUUGAAGCCCAUGCCAAUGAUAAAGAUGCUGGGGAGUAUGGACUUGUUACCUACACUCUCACUGGGACCGAUCUCUUCUCAGUGCACUACAAAACUGGACUGGUUACAAACAAUCAGGAGUUUGAUUAUGAAAGUCUUAAGCAGGAGCAGCUUGAAUAUAUUUUCCAAAUUCAUGCUGAAGACAAGGGUGGUAGAAGGUCUUCAAUCAAUGUUAAACUGCGAGUGCUUGAUGAGGAUGAAUACUCUCCAGUGUUCGUUAGUAAGGCCUACACAUUUGAUAUCCCUGGAUCAGCCCCAAAGGGAACUUUUAUAGGCCGUGUGUUGGCAACUGAUGAAGACAAGGGCAGUGCAGGCAGACUGGUAUACAAGAUGAAGCCUUCACACAACUAUUUCACUGUCAAUGCUUCAACCGGAGAGCUCUAUGUCAUACAUGACCUCAAUAAGCAGAUUUCUUCUGAAGCCACACGUAGUAAGCGAGAGGUGAAUGCAAUCUUGAUAGAGGUUAGCUCUGGUAUGGCAGACUCGCUAACUGCUUCAGUUGUCAUUGAUAUUGAGGUUGAACGUAGCUGUCAGGGAUGUGCCAUGCAAUAUUUGGCUACACCUGGCCCCUCAACAGCUCCGGCAUCAGUUAAUGUGGUUUACAUCAUUGUUCCAAUCCUGUGUGUCAUCAUCAUUGCUAUAAUUAUAGUUGUAUUUGUGUUUGUUAGAAGAAAGAGGAGUGGGAAAACUCCCCCACCUAGUGAGACACCGAUGUAUGACACUGAUGAGUUUGACUCUCCCCAGCCACAAACCAUGGGUCCACCACCAAACUACACCAGUGUGACGGGUUACCAUGGCAACCCAAUGGCUAACAUAACGGUGUCAUCAGAUAUGUCUGGCCAUUCAGGCUCCAGCGGACGCGGCUCUGCUGAGGAUGAUGAGGAUGAGGAAUUAGCAAUGAUUAACUCAAGUUCCCCAUCUUGUUUGAACAAUUCUAAUGGAUUUAGGAAAAAUAUGCCUGAUUCUGGAAUUCAGGAAGAUGACAAUACAUCUGAACCAUCAGUGCAAAAUCACCAGGAUUACUUAGCUAGACUUGGUAUAGAUACUGCAAAAAUAAACUCUAAAGCCAAGUCCGGGCUUGGCCAGUCAGUAGAGAGUAUGCAUCAAUUCUCAGACUCUGGAGGAGGAGAGGGGGACGGGUUAGAGAUAGGCAAUAUAGACUAUAGUAAAUUAAAUGGUACAAAUUUAGACCAUGAUGGUCUCAUGGACAAAAACAAUGACAUGGGUUUCCAUGAGCCCGAGCCCAAUAUGGGUGGGUCAUUGUCAAAUGUGAUAAACAGUGAGGAGGAAUACAGUGGCUCCUACAACUGGGACUAUUUAUUAGAUUGGGGGCCACAGUAUCAGCCUCUGGCCAGUGUGUUUUCUGAAAUAGCAAGAUUAAAAGACGAUAGUUAUCAGCCAAAGAAGCAAGCUGUGCAAAUUGUUCCUCAGCACCGUCAUGUAAAUGCAAGUGUUCCUCAGCCAAUACGCAUGAACUCUCAUCCACCCCCCAUGAUCACCAAUGCUCCCCCAAAAGCUCAGCCAGUGUCAAGAUCAGCUAGAUCUAGUCAUUCCUCUGGUGUGUCAAAUGUGAACUCUGCUCGCAGCAGCACAAUAAACACCUCUCUCCCCAGCAUGCCGCGCUCGCCCAUCAGUCACGAGUCAAGUUUUACCUCACCGGCCCUCACGCCCUCGUUCACUCCCUCUCUGUCUCCCCUGGCAACAAGGAGCCCCUCUGUAUCUCCUGUGAACAGUGGGCGGGGCCAGGUGACGCCACGAAGUCGGGCAGCCCAAAACAACCAGUUUGUUUUCAGUUCUUCCAGCUCAGAACAGGAACUACGCAUCUAGACCAGCUUGUCUCAUUGUUGUGCUAUCAUAGUUUCAAACUGUGUCUCCUCAAUUUUUACUAAGAGAAGUACAUGUCUUACAUAAGCAACAUUUGAUAAUGCUUCAAUUCAUGUUGUUGUGAAAUUAUUUAUUGAACAAAUAUCAAAUAUUUCUGUAUUAUCCAUAUUAUGCAAAUGCAUUAUUAUAACGAGUUAUCUUAGCUGUUAUUGUGCAUUUCACAUACUGUAGAAACAAGGUUUUGGAUGAUAUGUUUAUUUUUCAGUAACUAUUAUCAAGUUGGCAGAAAUGUUAUACUCAAAAUUUAAAUGAUUUGGCUUAAAAGUCUAUUUUGAUUAAAAAAAUAAUCUGUAUUUUGAUUUUCCAAAUUUCAUUAAAAAAUACUGAAUAAUAAUAUAGAAAUUUAGAGAAAACCGUUUGUUCUACAGUAUGUGAAACAUGCCAUAGUUCUAGAACAGAUCUUACAGAAAUCAAAAAUGCUGUUUUUCUUACAAAUCUCUUUUUACAUACCUCUAAAGUUGAUAUUUAAAUAUUCUAAGAUUAUUCAUAUUAUUGUUGUUGUGAACAUUUUUUCUCUGUGGAUAUACUCAUUCUGGUUGUUUACCAAAGUUUUAAACCAUGCUUUAAUUUUUCUAAUCAUUGAUCAUUAAUGACAAUAUUUGGUUGUGAUCAAAAGUUUUAUUGUGAUGCAUUUAAUCUUAAGUUUUAGUUUGUCUAGAUCUUAAAACAUAGAUCUUAAACCAUUGAUCAAAGUAUCCAGUCAAUUUUAUUUCCUAAUUGGUAUUAUGUUUUUUAGUUGUUUUUUCUGAAUUUAAUGGUUGAAAGUUUUUUUUUAAUUUUUGAUAUAUAUUGAAAAUGUCUUUACUUACCAUGCACAGCUUUAAGCAAUAUGAUUUUAUCUUGAUUAGAUACUUACAAAGCUUUAGGCGUUGCCCCAAUGUAACAGUGUGUAUAUAUAGGAUACAAUUAGGACCAUAUGCCAAAGUUGAUGUUGUGAAUGUACAAUAUUUGGCCUUUUGGUGUAUAUAAUGUGAUUUGCUUUAAUUUCAAAAGUCAUCAUUCCGUUAGAUAUAAUUAAAACUGCAUUAAAAUACCUUAAAAGAUAUUGGCAAAUACAUUCUUUCUUUUAAAAUCAAAUUGCUCCAAAAAGUAUGCCUCUAAUCUUGGAAUAAGAACAUGGUUACAUUCUAGUUCCAUUCUAUAUGCCUCUAAUCUUGGAAUAAGAACAUGGUUCCAUUCUAUACGCCUCUAAUCUUGGAAAUAGAACAUGGUUCCAUUCUAUACGCCUCUAAUCUUGGAACAAGAACAUGGUUCCAUUCUAUAUGCCUCUAAUCUUGGAACAAGAACAUGGUUCCAUUCUAUAUGCCUCUAAUCUUGGAACAAGAACAUGGUUCCAUUCUAUAUGCCUCUAAUCUUGGAACAAGAACAUGGUUCCAUUCUAUAUGCCUCUAAUCUUGGAACAAGAACAUGGUUCCAUUCUAUAUGCCUCUAAUCUUGGAACAAGAACAUGGUUCCAUUCUAUAUGCCUCUAAUCUUGGAACAAGAACAUGGUUCCAUUCUGUAUGCCUCUAAUCUUGGAACAAGAACAUGGUUCCAUUCUGUAUGCCUCUAAUCUUGGAACAAGAACAUGGUUCCAUUAUGUAUGCCUCUUAUCUUGGAACAAGAACAUGGUUCCAUUCUGUAUGCCUCCAAUCUUGGAACAAGAACAUGGUUCCAUUCUGUAUGCCUCCAAUCUUGGAACAAGAACAUGGUUCCAUUCUGUAUGCCUCUAAUCUUGGAACAAGAACAUGGUUCCAUUCUGUAUGCCUCUAAUCUUGGAACAAGAACAUGGUUCCAUUCUAUAUGCCUCUAAUCUUGGAACAAGAACAUGGUUCCAUUCUAGCCCAUCUCCACUGGUAUCAUGAUGUGUUUAUGUUUGAAGAGUAGUGAUCUGUGAGUAAUCUCUUAUGAUAAAACUUAUAUGUCCUUUUUAUUCAAUUUUAGAGAUAUAUUAUUUGCUUAACAUUCCAUUCUCAUUUUAAAGUCCUUGGUCUUCAUUAUGUAAAUUCCACAUGGCAAUAUUUUAAUGCAAUAAAUCAAUAUUGUAUGCAUUUGCUUUUCAAAAUGAUUGCAUUUUUAUAAUGUCGUUUCCAUUAUCUCCUUGGUCACACGACCAUCAUCAUCAUCAUCAUCAUCAUCAUCAUCAUCAUCAUCAUCAUCAUCAUGUCUUUAUAUGACAUCUCUUCGAAGUAUAUUUGUUGUUUUGAAGUAUAUUUGUUGUUUCGGUAGAUCUAGAGUCUGUAUACACGUUCCCAGUUCUUCUAUACAGGUUCAACCUGUUGUCAUCUUGUUUUUUACAAAGUACUUUAUAUUGAUAAUAAAAUAUGAAACUAG